UAGACAGGGCCAUCUCGUACCGAACCCCAUUCACCCGGAUUUCCUCUUGCGUCGGUCCCGUCGCGAAAUCGUCUUCUUCGGUCGUUAGGGUUUUCGAGCGAGCGAGCGAGAGAGAGUUUUGGGGGCGAUGGACGCCAUCGAUUCGGCCAUCGAUCCAUUGAGGGAGUUCGCGAAGGACAGCGUCCGCCUCGUGAAGCGAUGCCACAAGCCCGAUCGCAAAGAGUUCACGAAGGUCGCGUUCCGGACUGCGAUCGGAUUCGUGGUGAUGGGAUUUGUGGGGUUCUUCGUCAAGCUGAUCUUCAUUCCCAUCAACAACAUCAUCGUCGGUUCUUCUUAGGCCAUCAAGAAAGUGGAUUCAUGGGAAUAUAAGGCGAUUUGUUCAGAGCAUUAUUAGUUCGAUUGGACUGGACAUCAGUGUUGUUCGACCUUAGGCCUUUUGUGUUUUCCCCCUAUUAUCUUUGUAAUUUAUACUCAAUACUGCACAUUUUUGAGUGUUUUACCUUGGAUUUUGUCAUAAUCAAGGAGUUUAUGUAGUUUUGACAUUGCAUCUUCAAUUUCUCUAUGGCACUAGUCGACGGAAAUUAUCUUUGUUUUUUACCUUUGAUUUCGUCAUAAUCAAGGAGUUUAUGUAGUUUUGACAUUGCAUCCUCAAUUUCUCUAUGGCACUAGUUGACGGAAAUUUAA